UCUCUAUGGUCUGUGCGCAACUUCCGGUGGCGGGACGCGGGACCGCGCACGCGGGAAAAGCUUCCCCGGCGUACCCCCUCCCCUGCGUCCCCGCCCCCCUCCCCCGCGUCCCCCAGUGAGCCCACCGCCCGCGCCGGGGCCCUCGCGAGGUUGCAGCUUGAAGAGAUUUCCACCUUGCUGAGCAUCUGCACAACCAACCAGGAAUUGGGGCCCAGCUCCCAGAUUAUUCGGUUUCUCUGGUGCAGGCUCUGUGCUCAGGCCAGCACAGGCAGGUCAACAUGGCAGAAACCCUGGAGUUCAACGACAUCUACCAGGAGGUGAAAGGGUCCAUGAAUGAUGGGAGGCUGCGAUUGAGCCGCCAGGGAAUCAUCUUUAAAAACAGCAAGACAGGCAAAGUGGACAACAUCCAGGCUGGGGAGUUGACUGAAGGCAUCUGGCGCCGUGUAGCGCUGGGUCAUGGACUUAAACUGCUCACAAAGAAUGGCCAUGUCUACAAGUAUGAUGGUUUCCGAGAAUCGGAGUUUGAGAAACUCUCUGAUUUCUUCAAAACUCACUAUCGCCUCGAACUAAUGGAGAAGGACCUGUGUGUGAAGGGUUGGAACUGGGGGACGGUGAAGUUUGGCGGGCAGCUACUUUCUUUUGACAUUGGUGAUCAGCCAGUCUUCGAGAUACCCCUAAGCAAUGUGUCCCAGUGCACCACAGGCAAGAAUGAGGUGACACUGGAAUUCCACCAGAACGAUGAUGCAGAAGUGUCUCUCAUGGAGGUGCGCUUCUAUGUCCCUCCCACCCAGGAGGAUGGUGUGGACCCUGUUGAGGCCUUUGCCCAGAAUGUAUUGUCAAAGGCAGAUGUGAUCCAGGCCACAGGAGACGCCAUCUGCAUCUUCCGGGAGUUGCAGUGCUUGACUCCUCGGGGUCGUUAUGACAUCCGGAUCUACCCCACCUUUCUACACCUGCACGGCAAGACCUUUGACUACAAGAUUCCAUACACCACAGUACUCCGUCUCUUUUUGCUGCCCCACAAGGACCAACGGCAGAUGUUCUUUGUGAUCAGCCUGGAUCCCCCCAUUAAGCAGGGCCAAACCCGUUACCACUUCCUGAUCCUCCUAUUUUCCAAGGAUGAAGAUAUCUCCUUGACUCUCAACAUGAAUGAGGAAGAGGUGGAGAAGCGCUUUGAGGGGCGGCUCACGAAGAAUAUGUCAGGAUCCCUCUAUGAGAUGGUCAGCCGGGUGAUGAAAGCACUUGUAAAUCGCAAGAUCACAGUCCCAGGCAACUUUCAAGGGCACUCAGGAGCCCAGUGUAUCACUUGCUCCUACAAGGCCAGCUCAGGGCUCCUGUACCCACUGGAACGGGGCUUCAUUUAUGUUCACAAGCCCCCUGUGCACAUCCGCUUUGAUGAGAUCUCCUUUGUCAACUUUGCCCGUGGGACCACUACCACUCGCUCUUUCGACUUUGAAAUUGAGACCAAGCAGGGCACACAGUACACCUUCAGCAGCAUCGAGAGGGAGGAGUACGGAAAACUGUUUGAUUUUGUCAAUGCAAAAAAGCUCAACAUCAAAAACAGAGGAUUGAAAGAGGGCAUGAACCCAAGCUAUGAUGAGUAUGCUGACUCUGAUGAAGACCAGCAUGAUGCCUACUUGGAGAGGAUGAAGGAGGAGGGCAAGAUCCGGGAGGAGAAUGCCAAUGACAGCAGCGAUGACUCAGGAGAAGAGACGGAUGAGUCCUUCAACCCAGGUGAAGAGGAGGAAGACGUGGCAGAGGAGUUUGACAGCAACGCCUCUGCCAGCUCAUCCAGUAACGAGGGCGACAGUGACCGGGAAGAGAAGAAGCGGAAACAGCUCAAAAGGGCCAAGAUGGCCAAGGAUCGCAAGAGCCGCAAGAAGUCUGUGGAGGUGAAGAAGGGUAAAGAUCCAAAUGCCCCUAAGAGGCCCAUGUCUGCAUACAUGUUGUGGCUUAAUGCCAGCCGAGAGAAGAUCAAGUUGGACCAUCCUGGCAUUAGCAUCACAGAUCUUUCCAAGAAGGCGGGUGAAAUCUGGAAGGGAAUGUCCAAGGAGAAGAAAGAGGAGUGGGACCACAAGGCUGAGGAUGCCAGGAGGGAAUAUGAAAAAGCCAUGAAAGAGUAUGAAGGAGGACGGGGCGAGUCUUCCAAGAGGGACAAGUUGAAGAAGAAGAAAAAAGUAAAAGCAAAGAUGGAAAAGAAAUCCACACCCUCUCGGGGCUCAUCAUCCAAGUCUUCAUCAAAGCAGCUAAGUGAGAGCUUCAAGAGCAAAGAAUUUGUGUCCAGUGAUGAGAGCUCUUCAGGAGAGAACAAGAGCAAAAAGAAGAGGAGGCGGAGUGAGGACUCUGAAGAAGAGGAACUAGCAAGUACUCCCCCCAGCUCAGAGGACUCGGCAUCAGGAUCCGAUGAGUAGAGGAAGGCAGUUCUCUCUCCUUGACUUUGCCCUCCCAGGUCUCCAGGCUCCCUACUCAUGUUUUGGUACCAGUAUCUCCUCACAUGAAAUGCAGUCCUCAGAUUCUGUGCCAUCUGAACAAGCUCUCCUGGUGGCUGGCACUGGGCUGAGGCAGCAAGGGAGUGUCUUACCUCUGCUGCUUUGCAAGGAUGGCUCCUUGUAAUCUGGGGAGAGACUGGGUAGGAGUCUGCACACAGGGCGUUGCAGGUCCCAGGUCCUUGUCCCACUCUUCUGACCUUGGGGAAAGCUGCCACUUGUCCUGUUCAAGUUGCAGUAGGGGUUGUGUGAGGUCAGGCCUAUAGCUCCUAAUUGGGGCCUAUUUCUACUUUUAUUUUGUAUUUCUGGUCUGUCAAUUUAAUAAAGGGAACUGACUUUGGAA